AUGUUUCGAUCCAUUAACCCGCGGGCAGCGAGUGUACGGGCGAGACUACCACCCAAUAUCUUUACUGCGAGUCCAUUGCAUAUGCGCUUCAAUGCGCAGAGACAUAUGGGAACGGCAUUAAUCAAACAGGCAGUUCGUAUUAGAAGACCAUCGAUUAAACCAAAAAAUGUCGUUAUCAAACUUAUCGUGGCAUAUGCCUGCUAUGAGAUUUACUGUCGAAUAAUCUUAUCUCCCCUAAGCAGAAUAGAGGCAUCGAAUCAUAUACCAGAGGAGGAACUUCAAGAGGAACCAAUGUUUCUGCCCUUUCCCGGCACCACGAAAGAGCUCCCUUCUGUUCCUUACAAAGGUACUGACCCAGAAUUUCAAGAGUUCAUCAAGAUUAGCAAGGACAGAAAACUUGUAGACAAAAUCAGAGUUGACUUGGUGGAAUUUAUACGAGAUUCUACCACUAGAUCUCUGGUCUCUUUGACAACCGUUGGGAAUGAAUUUAAAUGCAGAAGAUCUUGGCUCGAUAUUGAUUUCCCUGGACCGCCACCGACAUUCGUAAGAUCAGGGAUCGAAAUCUCUGAUGAUGCAGUUUCCUGGGUUACACAACCUGUUGAUGCCUCACUAGUAUACAAAAUACGAAAUGUUCUAUGGCCAACAGCCCUUUUUCAUUCUUCGUGGAGUUUUAUGAAAGUACUGGCUACGGAAGAAUUCAGAAAUAUAGCAGGAAAGUUUGGUGUGCAAAUUCAAACGAGUCCCGCUCAGCAAUCGAUGGAUCAAGUACUAGCUCGAUCACCAAAACUGAUGAAGGAGUUAAACGGACGACAAAAAGUUGCCGGGGAUGUUCAACGUCCAUUGAUCGCCAAGGAUGGGCCACCACAACAGCCUGUGGGUGACAAAGCCAAAGAAUUUGGGGACGCCGCGGCACCCGGGAAACCGAACGUUGAAGAUGAUCUUUUCCAUACCGUUCAUAAAACAUUCAGGGAUAAUCAUGCAUCGUUCGCAAAACCCAUCAUGGCAGCUAGACUAAAAUACCGCAACAUUACUAAAGAGUUAAAACCAACUCAGAACUUGCGUCCAAGAGGCUCUGUCAAGAUAUCGGGACUUGUCGAACUUGAAAGCGAUAAGGCCUAUCUCGUUUUUGAUGUCACCGCAGCUUGGGAUCCCAAGACGAGGGACUUUGAUACGAAUAGUAUGCAUAUUACGUGUAGGAGGUUGCAAAGAAAGAAGCCAGUCCCUGUUUUGCCGAGCAGGCUAUCAUAG